UCAUACUGAGCCCAAGUAUAGAUUAGACCUUAUAUAGUUGAUGACCGUGCAAUAAGGGAGUUAUAAUUACAUCUGUGUCUUUACUUUUCGGUCGUUGCAAAAUGGAAUCUCUGUCGGCCGUUUUGUGUGGGAAAGAAACGAUAAAAUUUGAAAAUCGAAUUGUACAAGAACCCGGUCCUGGAGAAGUGCAGCUGUCAAUGCGCAAUGUGGGUCUGUGUGGAUCUGAUGUGUACAUGUAUAAGAACGGAUGUCAUGGCACUCAUAGAUUAGGCGGAUCAGGAAUAUUGGGCCAUGAGGCAAGUGCUGUUGUCACAAAGGUGGGAGAAGGAGUAACAAAACUUAAAGUUGGCGAUCGAGUGGCUUUAGAACCAGGAGAAGCAUGUAAUAAAUGCAAGAAUUGCCUCAGGGAUGUCCGUAAUAUGUGCCUUACUGAGAAACCGUUUGAUGGCAACACUUCCAAGUAUGAUGGUUAUAUAACAAAAUGCAAACUAAUGAGAGCAGACUAUUGUUACAAAUUGCCAGAUAAUGUGAGUGAUGAAGAAGGGGCAUUGAUGGAGCCAUUGGCUGUAGCUGUACAAGAUUGUAGACGAGCCGGAGUAGAGGCGGGAAAAUCUGUCCUUGUGCUUGGUUCAGGUACGAUUGGCUUACUCUGCAUGAUAACUGCUAAAGCUAUGGGAGCUACAAAUGUUUGUAUAACUGAUGUUGUUGAAGAAAGACUGAAGCUUGCUAAACAGUUAGGAGCUACUCAUACUGUUCUUACAAACUCUUCUGACGUGGACUCUGUCGUCAAAGAAAUUCACAGUAUCAUGGGAGAAAUGCCUGACAUAACUAUUGAAUGUACAGGGAACAACUUUUGCCAACGAUUAGCUAUAAUGUCUACAACACCAGGCGGCUGUGUUGCUAUAGUAGGAUAUGGGGCAGAAGAAGUAACUUUACCUUUAGCAGUACUGUGUCAAAGACAAAUUGACCUCCGACCUUCAUGGAGAUACGAUCAACAUUGUUAUCCAAUAGCAAUAGAUAUGGUAGCAUCUGGUAAAGUCAACAUUAAACCAUUGGUGACACAUAGAUUUACUUUAGAGCAAACUACAGAUGCUAUUCAAGUGGCAGCCAGUCGUAGACCAGGGGUCCUUAAAUGUAUGAUAACUUGUAACGAGUGAUACCUGAAGAACAGAUACAGUAAUACAAAGACCGCUACAGUCGAAUUUUUAGUUACAUAUUAUUACUAUAUCUUCAAGAAAAGAUAUUGAUAUGCAAAACACAAUAGUAUGAAUUCAUUAUUGCAUAUAUUACAAACGAUAACGUAUUAUGUACAUCUUGUAUUAAAAAAUAAAAGCAAAAAUGUUAAUGAGAUUGUAUUUUUGUGCUUGUGAUGCUAAUAUUAUGUAUAGCAGAUAGUUUUGUCAAUUCAAUAUUAUAUAACGUAAUAUAUAUUUGAGGUUUUUUUGCAAUUAGUAUGUUAUUAAAUGAUAAAAUUAU